CUCCGCGCCGAGGCAAGGAAAGCGCCGCGCGCAUCGCCCUCAAACAAACCAUCGGAAAAAUAAUGCGGUUCUUCCAAAACAUGUGAAUUUUAGUGCUUUAAAAAUUAUGAUAUAAACAAUAUUAGUAAAAACAUUAACAAUGGCGUGUAAAAAUCUAGUUCUAGUUCUGCUCGUUGUUUCGUGUUUGAAAGCUGAUGAUGAUUUGAGAGACUUCGAAUUUUCGGAUAGUGAUGAUGAGGUGAUGAUCGCGCAGGAGUCGAGGCAUUACCAGACGUUCGUGAAGCCUCCGGUGAGGAUAGUGAAGCCGACUGGUGUCACGAAUUCUCACCGGCCGCAGUAUAACUUGGAUUCCUUUGAGGACGAUGUGGCCCUUGAGGAGUUGGAGGAGUUGUUCGAGACUACGACGAAGAAGGCGUACAAACCAGCUUAUAAGAUAAGGUCUAAGGAGAGCAUGAUAAAGGAGGCUGUGCUGAGGGCGCUGGAGAGGAAGGAUCACGUGGGGAAGUUCGCACAGAUCCUGCCCAUCAUCAGGGCUAUGUCGGGAAGCCAGAGGACGGCGCUGGCGUCGCUUGUGGCCAGCCAGGUCACUACUCCUCCGGGCAGAGCGCCGCUCAAUCUUGCACAGGUGAGGUCAAUGUUCGGCAACAACGCAAACACAACCACAGACCUCAUGCUACCAAUACUGCUAGACAUGGCGAACCUCAUUCGUCGCGCUGACAGGGCCGGCAAACAGUCUAGAGAGGUCCGCAUUUCCAUGCCACCUGCUGCACAACUCCUGCGCAGGUCGUUUACAGAAGACACACACACAGACGAAGAGGACACUACAGUGACAGAAAAAGCUAAAUCAACACCUAAUACUAUUAUUAAACGCAGCCGCAGAAUCGUUCCACGAACACAAGCCAAAGAUAUAGCACACGAUCACAACAGAACAGUUGCGAAUGACACGAAACUGAACAACACUGAGACAGCAAACAAUAAAACAGAUGAAAAGAACGUCACCAAGUCGUCUACGACAGAAGCACCAACAAUCCGAGGAAGAUCAGUCGGCAGCAAGAUUACCAGCGACAAUAGCACCCUGGACCUGACAGCGGACUCUACCAACCAGACCCUCGCCCAAGACCUGCCGGUGGCCGAGAAGCUGAGGGCUCUGAAUAGAUAUGUGGAUAGAAAAGGAAACCUAAUCCGCCGAGGCACGUACCCGCCCAAGCCGUCUCUAGCCCGGCGCACCACCGCGGAGCCGACCCUGAACCCCAUCAGCAGGAGACGGCCCGCCCCGCCGAGGAAGCUGCCCAACCCUGCUGACCAGGCCAAAUGCGAGCUGUUCACUAACACACUCUGUCUGCACGCUGAAGACUAUCCGACGGAAGCCAUAGUGCAGUCCAUCCGGCGCAACAAGGCAGCGGCCGGCGCGCUGCUGGCCGACUUUCGGGACCCGGGAGAGGGCGCGGUGGACGGAGUCACCGCCGCCCAGGAGGCCAAGUACACGGCUGAGCACUACUUGGUGUCCAAUAGACGAGGCGACACAGCCAACCGCGACUUCGCGAGCGCGGGCGAGGCGGGCUUCAUGUGCCCGAGCACGGUGAAGUAUGCGCGGCCGCAGCGAGCGCGUGCCACCUCUGGCCAAUGGAAGUACAUCGUCAACACUGGGGAACAUACCCAGACUUUAAGGCUGGAGAAGUGCUUAAAGCCAAAAGAGUCCUGCACUUAUUUAACUGACAAUUUCAAAUCUAAGUGCGUACAAGUUUACAAUUACCACCGACUGCUUACCUGGGAUCAACAAAAUGGGCUACACAUGGAUAUUUUUAAGGUGCCAACGUGUUGCUCAUGCCACAUAGAGGGCUACAGUGUAUCUUUCCCUCCAGUGGGCCACCGUGUACAUGAAACCUCGGCUGAAAAUGUUCCUGAAGAUUUGUCGUCAGAGCAUGGAAACCACGCCUUUGAAUCAGUCCAAUCUAGCAUCCACAGACCAAGCGUUAGCAAGAGCCCACCGUUUACUCACGGGAAGCCUUUAGAGACAUUCCCACCUUUCAGCGACACUCAUAACUUAAUCUCUGGAGUUUCAUUCAGCAAUUCCAAACUAAAUGAUAACGAAGACAACGGCAGUAUCCCUCCUUCAAGCCCCAUGGACUCUUACGGAAACACAUACUUUCCCGACUCCUUCAAUCAGGCUAGUUCAGUAAGAAAUAUAAAAAGACCUCUAUCAGCCAGAAGCCCAGCGGCAUCAAAUAAUUUUGAAACAAUAACAUUGCCAAGUUACCUAGAACCACCCACACCAUCUGGGCCUGGAUCGUAUACCUUCCUCAAGGAGACUCCAAAUAAAUACAAGAUUACAGGCAGUCAGUUUAAAAGGGGACCAGUAAGACCAAGCCGAAGACCGAUUAGAAAGAAAAUCUCAGGGCCUGACGAUUUGUUGUCAUCUGGAACGUCAGCUGUAGAAUCUUUCACGGACAGUCAUUUGGAGACAAUGGAAGAUUUUAAUGAAGAGUCAGAAGAGCCUGAUGUUGGUCAAGCGACUAUAAACGUUAAUAAUCUUCCUCCAAAAAGAGUCACAAUAGCCCCUAAGCUGCAAUCCGUGACGACUGAACUAAUAUCGACAACAUUUAGGCCUCAAGAUCAAACCAAUGUCAUCAAUGAAAAUUUUACAUCGAAUGGAAAGAGAGUAAAUUAUAAUUACCACCCAAUAAUAGAUUUCUUCGGUGAAGAUGAAAAGGAAAUUGACAACGAAUCAAUAGACAGAGAGGACAACGAGGGCAGUUACAUUUCGCCAGUACAGUCUGAAUGGAAGCCAAUAAACAACCCACCUCCCAGAAAUGUGCAAACAGCUAAUUUAGCUGGUAGAAAGAAACAUAAAUAAUGGAUAGUAGUUAUUAUU